GACGAGCGAACGAUGGCGACCCACCACGUCAACGACGGGUGCUGCGCCGAACACCAUGGCCUGGACGACUACGACAUCCACGGCGACGACCCAACGCUGUCGGCAUGCUGCAUGAAGGACAUGAAGGAGCAGGCCGAAUACGUCCGAGUGCACACGAUCCUCCAGGCACAUGAUGUGGCCCAACAUCGCUUGGCCCACCGGCAACAAGGCAUUCCGACUACUACUUCAACGUAUGCACCACCACCACAUCCUUCCAUUGCCAUGACUUCAACAUCGAUCGAAGCAAACCGAAGUGAUGACAGCGACCUGGAUGAGUUUGACUACUUGCUCGACGACGAAGACGCGGUCACCAAUCGACGUCGGGAAGUGGAGGCGAAGUCGAAACUGCAAGCUCAAGGCCUUGGAAUUGUUUGGGGGGACAAGGAAUUCGCUGAAUUUUACACUCGCCUGAAAGGUUAUCUUUCCGACGAUUUGGCUAAACACAAACAGAAUCGCCCGACGAUCGUGGCAUGGCGCUCCACGGACCACGACGCAACAGCAGUGUUGAAUGCUGCACUCAUUGCCUGCGCCGAGCGGUUCCUUGGCACAUGCGUGUAUGCAGUGUCGAAUGCAUGUUCAACACACGUUCAGGCUCUAUGCGGGCGCCACACCAUACAGAAGAGCAGCGAUGCAGUCGCAGUGGUGGCUCUGAAUAACCAUGGCCAGUACAUUGCGCACAAGACGAUCGCAGCUUUGGAUGACGCCACUUGGGAAUUCGACUUCGUGCCGUGGUUAACAAAUUGCAACGUCCUCCGAGAGAAGUUCGAGCCGACAACUCGUGAAGCUGUCGCUGCCGUCGCUGAUGAAGACGACAGCGAACCCGCUGUCGAGAAAGGCUAUGACUGUGGCCGCGACAAGUGUCGCCUUCGCCACGGCUAUUACCACGAGCACGUGGGCCCUUCCGAAGCGUCCAAGCGCGAGAUGUCGGAAUGGCGGCGGUGAUUGCUCCCAGCCGCCCCCGUCAUUCUGUUGAAACGUGGAAUGCAGGCCCACCGCACCGUUGCGCAGGCUGAAAAAUACACAAGAUCGAAUC